AUGAUUCAUAACUUAAAGACACAACAGCGUUCUUUAAGACGUGGGUUGGCUACUAUUGCAGAUGCAACCAAUCCAAAUAGAGUUCAUGGUGGAUUAAAAGAUCAAGAUCGUAUUUUCCAAAAUGUUUACAAUAAGUACGGACAUGACUUAAAGUCAGCCCAGAAGAUGGGUGACUGGUAUAAGACCAAAGAAAUCAUCUUGAAAGGGGACAAGUGGAUUAUUGACGAAAUGAAAAAAUCAGGUUUAAGAGGUAGAGGAGGUGCUGGAUUCCCUUCUGGUCUUAAAUGGUCGUUCAUGAACCCUCCAGGAUGGGAAAAGAAUCCAGGCCCAAGAUACUUGGUUGUCAAUGCAGAUGAAGGUGAACCAGGUACUUGUAAAGAUAGAGAAAUUAUUAGAAAGGAUCCACACAAGUUAGUUGAAGGGUGUUUAUUAGCCGGACGUGCUAUGAAUGCCACUGCCGCUUAUAUCUAUAUUAGAGGUGAAUUUUAUAAUGAAGCUGUUAUUUUACAACAAGCUAUCAACGAAGCAUAUAAAGAAGGAUUAAUCGGUAAAAACGCAUGUGGUUCCGGCUACGACUUCGAUGUGUACAUUCACCGUGGUAUGGGUGCUUAUAUUUGUGGUGAAGAAACCGCAUUGAUUGAAUCUCUUGAAGGUAAGGCCGGUAAGCCAAGAUUGAAGCCGCCAUUCCCAGCAGGUGUCGGUUUAUUCGGUAGACCAUCAACUGUUACCAAUGUUGAAACCGUUGCUGUUGCCCCAACCAUUUUAAGAAGAGGUGGUGACUGGUUUGCUUCUUUUGGUCGUAAGAACAACACCGGUACCAAAUUAUUCUGUAUAUCCGGUCAUGUCAAUGAACCAUGUACCGUUGAAGAAGAAAUGUCCAUUCCAUUAAAGGAGUUAUUAGAAAAGCACUGUGGUGGUGUCAAAGGUGGCUGGGACAACUUAUUAGGUGUUAUUCCAGGUGGUUGUUCUGUUCCAGUUAUGCCAAAAUCUGUUUGUGAUGAUAUUGCUAUGGAUUAUGAUGCAUUAAGAGAUGUUGGUUCUGGUUUAGGUACCGCCGCUGUUAUUGUUAUGAACAAAGAAACCGAUAUGAUCAGAGCCAUUCAAAGAUUCGCUGCUUUCUAUAAGCACGAAUCCUGUGGUCAAUGUACUCCAUGUCGUGAAGGUACCACUUGGUUACAGAAGAUGAUGGACAGAUUUGUCAAGGGUCAAGCCACUGAAAAGGAAAUUGACAUGAUUUUCGAAUUAACUAAGGAAAUUGAAGGUCACACUAUUUGCGCCUUAGGUGAUGCCGCUGCAUGGCCAAUCCAGGGUUUGAUCAAGUCUUUCAGACCUCUCAUGGUUGACAGAAUCAAACAAUACGAACAAGAAAGCCAGUGCUCAGUCAGCUACGGUGGAUGGGUUAAAGGUGGUAAAGUCAAAGAAGGUAAAGUCAUUGACAAUCCAUUGCCAUCCGCUCAUCACUAG